AUGCAUCACCUACAUGCCCCAGAUUUGGUACAGACACAUACCAUGCAUCACCUACAUGCCCCUGAUUUGGUACAGGCACAUACCAUGCAUCACCUACAUGCCCCUGAUUUGGUACAGGCACAUACCAUGCAUCACCUACAUGCCCCUGAUUUGGUACAGGCACAUACCAUGCAUCACCCACAGGCCCCUGAUUUGGUACAGGCACAUACCAUGCAUCACCCUAAGGCCCCUGAUUUGGUACAGGCACAUGUCAUGCAUCACCCAAAGGCCCCUGAUUUGGUACAGGCACAUACCAUGCAUCACCCACAGGCCCCUGAUUUGGUACAGACACAUACCAUGCAUCACCUACAUGCCCCUGAUUUGGUACAGGCACAUGCCAUGCAUCACCCACAGGCCCCUGAUUUGGUACAGGCACAUAUCAUGCAUCACCCACAUGCCCCUGAUUUGGUACAGGCACAUACCAUGCAUCACCCACAGGCCCCUGAUUUGGUACAGGCACAUACCAUGCAUCACCUACAUGCCCCUGAUUUGGUACAGGCACAUACCAUGCAUCACCUACAUGCCCCUGAUUUGGUACAGGCACAUACCAUGCAUCACCCACAGGCCCCUGAUUUGGUACAGGCACAUACCAUGCAUCACCUACAUGCCCCUGAUUUGGUACAGGCACAUACCAUGCAUCACCCACAGGCCCCUGAUUUGGUACAGGCACAUACCAUGCAUCACCUACAUGCCCCUGAUUUGGUACAGGCACAUGCCAUGUAUCACCCACAGGCCCCCGAUUUGGUACAGGCUCAUACCAUGCAGUGUAGCCUUUAA